CUUCAUCAUUAAGUUCAUUAUUUGAUUCAUUGCUAAUUUCAUUAAUAGAAGAGGAACUAAUGACAGAGCUUUCUCGCAGUGUGCAAGAAACAACAUCAUCGUCUUGCGAAAGUAUUGGCGAGGUCGAUCGUUUCUGA